CCCUCUCAGGCGGCGCCAUUUUGUGGUAAGAGAGCUGAGAUUCAAAAAAAAAAACAAAAACAAAAACAAAAAACACACACACACAAGCCCACCGACCCGGUUCUGUGUGAAGCGGGCGACGGAACCAGGGUCCCUGGAAUGGCGGAGACUCUGUCGGGUUUAGGAGAUUCGGGCGCGGCGGGCGCAGCGGCCGUGAGCUCCGCGUCGUCAGAGACCGGGACGCGGCGGCUCAGCGACCUGCGGGUGAUCGACCUGCGGGCGGAGCUGCGGAAACGGAACCUCGACUCGAGCGGCAACAAGAGCGUGCUGAUGGAGCGGCUGCGGAAGGCUAUCGAAGAUGAAGGAGGGGAUCCUGAUGAGAUUGAAGUCACCUCGGAGGGAAACAAGAAGGUGACCAAGAGACCUGGCAAAGGGCGGAAACCAGAAGAUGAGGGUGCGGAGGACAACGGGCUGGAGGAGAAUUCUGGGGAUGGACAGGAGGAUGUGGAGACCAGCCUGGAGAACCUGCAGGACAUGGACAUGAUGGACAUCAGUGUGCUGGAUGAGGCGGACAUCGACAAUGGCAGCAUGGCAGACUGUGCAGAGGAGGAGGAGGCCGACACGCUCCCUGAGGGCCUAGGUGACAGGGAGCUGCCGGAGGCCAGUGGGAAGGAACUGCCAGAGAGCCUGCGGGGGCACGUGGUUGAAGACAAGGAAGCCAUUAACAACGUGGACACGUCGUCGUCCGACUUCACCAUCCUGCAGGACAUGGAGGACGCGUCCCUGGAGCCAGAAAAUGAGAAAAUACUCGACAUUUUGGGGGAAACUUGUAAAUCUGAGCCAGGAAAAGAAGAAGGUUCGGAGCUGGAGCGGCCCUUUGCCCAGGCCCCGAGUAGCGUGGGGCCGGACAGGAAGGCGGCGGAAGAAGAGGACCUUUUUGAGAGCUGCUGCCCCGCGGAAGAGGAGGAAGAAGAGGAAGAGGAAGAGCAGGAGGAGGAGCAGGAGGAGGAGGGAGAUUUAGCUUUGGCCCGCGGCGAGGCCGAGUCUGCUGCACGUGCUCAGACGCGGUGUCAGUGGAGCGAGGCGGACGCCCCGUUAGCGGUAGUGAAAAGGGAGGCGGCGGAGCCGGGCGGAGGCGCAGUUGCAGUUGCAGUUGGAGGCGAAGCCGGGCCAGACCGCGGGCCUGUAGGGCCCGAGGAGCCAGUUGAGCAGAGUAGCGUGGCCGCCGAGCUCGCGGACGUCGCCAGCCAGGAGCUGGCGCGACCCCCGGCUGCCCCGAGCCCUGAGCCGCGAGAUAGCAAAGACGACGUGAAGAAGUUUGCUUUUGACGCUUGUAAUGACGGCCCUGCGGCUCCUAAAGAGUCCUCAGCCAGUGAGGGCGCUGAUCAGAAAACGAGUUCUGUUGAAGAUGACUCGGACACAAAACGGCUUUCCAGAGAGGAAAAGGGUCGUAGCAGCUGCGGUAGAAAUUUCUGGGUCAGCGGCCUUUCGUCUACGACCAGAGCGACAGACCUGAAGAACCUCUUCAGCAAGUAUGGGAAGGUGGUGGGUGCCAAGGUGGUAACAAAUGCCCGGAGUCCCGGAGCUCGCUGUUACGGCUUUGUUACCAUGUCCACAGCAGAAGAGGCCACGAAAUGCAUCAGCCACCUCCACAAGACGGAGCUGCAUGGCAAGAUGAUCUCUGUGGAGAAGGCCAAAAGUGAGCCUGCUGGCAAGAGAGUGCCUGACAGGCGCGAUGGGGAUGGCAAGAAGGAGAAGGCUAGCACCAGCGACAGAGCCACAAACCUGAAAAGAGAGGAGAAAGCAGACAGAAAAGAUGAUGCCAAAAGGGGGGACGAUGGCAGUGGGGAGAAGAGCAGGGGCCCUGAUGAGAAGCCCGCAGAACGCUCCCGAGCCACCAAGUCAGGAAGCCGGGGCACGGAGCGCACAGUGGUGAUGGACAAGUGCAAAGGUGUGCCCGUCAUCAGCGUCAAGACCUCCGGGUCCAAAGAGAGAGCUUCCAAGAGCGAGGACCGCAAAUCAGCCAGCAGGGAGAAGCGCUCCGUCGUGUCCUUUGACAAGGUGAAGGAGCCUCGCAAGUCCAGAGACUCAGAUUCUCGUAGCAGGGAGCGGGAGCGCAGUGAGCGGGAGCAGCGGCUGCAGGCCCAGUGGGAGCGUGAGGAGCGCGAGCGGCUGGAGAUCGCCCGGGAGCGCCUGGCCUUUCACCGCCACAGGCUGGAGCGCGAGCGCAUGGAACGCGAGCGGCUGGAGCGGGAGCGCAUGCACGUGGAGCAGGAGCGGCGGCGGGAGCAAGAGCGCAUCCACCGAGAACGUGAGGAGCUGCGGCGCCAGCAGGAGCUGCGCUAUGAGCAGGAGCGGCGACCCGCCGUGCGCAGGCCUUAUGACGUGGACGGCCGGCGUGACGAUGCAUACUGGCCAGAAGCCAAGCGUGCCGCCCUGGAUGACCGUUACCACUCUGACUUCAGCCGCCAAGACCGCUUCCAUGACUUUGACCACAGGGACCGCGGCCGCUACCCCAACCAUUCGGUGGACAGGAGAGAAGGUUCCAGAUCCAUGAUGGGAGACAGGGAAGGACAGCAUUACCCUGAGCGCCAUGGAGGGCCAGAGCGCCAUGGCCGGGACUCACGUGAUGGCUGGGGCUACGGCUCUGACAAGCGGAUGAGUGAAGGCCGGGGCCUACCCCCUCCCCCCAGGGGCAGACGUGACUGGGGGGAACACGGCCGGAGACUGGAGGAUGACCGCGCAUGGCAGGGCGCUGCAGAUGGGGGCAUGAUGGACCGAGAGCAUAAGAGGUGGCAAGGUGGUGAGAGGAAUGUGCCAGGCCACAUGAUGAGUCGCGGCGGCAUGUCGGGGCGAGGCAGCUUCGCCCCUGGCGGUGCCUCUCGGGGCCAUGUGAUCCCACGUGGAGGGAUGCAGGGUGGCUUCGGGGGACAGAGCAGGGGCAGCCGGCCCAGUGACGCCCGCUUCACCCGCCGCUACUGAGAUGCUCCACUCACCUGUGACUGUGACUGUGCGGUCAGGACUGUCCCUUCCACCCUGUCUGUACAAAGGAUUUUUUUUUUUUUUUAAUCUGCUGCCAUAUUGUAGCUGGAUACAAUGUGAAUUUGUUCUUUUUUUGUUUUGUUUUUUGUUUUUGUAAUAAAGGUGUUUCUGUUCAAUGUC